AACCAAGCUCGCCACCGGGCUGCCCCAUCCUGCAGGUGCACCAUGGGCAUCCUGCACAGCCGCGACGAAAGCACCAAAGAACCUACGAAGAAGGUGCGGCGGACCCACGACGCGGACAGUAGUGUCAAGCGGUCGGCGGCAGGGGCCCUCGAGGAUAAUUAUGCGGUCGACCCGAAGGUCCUGGGCCGGGGCCACUACGGGGUCGUGCGGAAGUGCGUCAACCGCGCGACGGGCGAAAAGUGCGCCGUCAAGGCUAUACCAAGGGCGAAGAUCCACCGGCCCGAGGUGUUGGAACGGGAAAUUUCAAUUUUGAGGAACCUGAAGCACCCGAACAUCGUCGAGAUACGCGACGUCUUCCAGGACCCGCACCAUGUUUUUAUUGUUACCGAGCUCUGCGAGGGCGGGGAGCUGUUCGACGCGAUCAUUGCCAAAACGCAAACGAAGGAGGGCCACUACUCGGAGCGCGACGCCGCGAAGUUGAUCAAGCAGAUCCUGGACGCCUUGGCGUAUUGCCACGCGCAGAAACCUUCUGUCGUGCAUCGUGACCUCAAGCCCGAGAACUUCCUGUUCAUUUCGCCGAAGCUGGAGCGACUCAAGGUCAUCGACUUCGGGCUGGCGACGGAGGAGCAUUGUAGUGUGCAGGGCAUCUCGGACCCGCUGCGGACGCGCGUGGGCACGCCGUACUAUAUCGCUCCCGAAGUACUCAGGAAGGAGUACACGUCGCAAUGUGAUCUUUGGAGUGUCGGCGUGGUCUCGUACAUCCUGCUGUGCGGCUACCCGCCGUUCGGGGGCGAUUCGGACGCGGAAAUAUUUAGAGCGGUAAAACGGGGUCUGAACAAGCACAGCUUCCCGCGGGACGACUGGGGCGACGUGUCCAAAAACUGUUUAGAUUUUAUCAAGAAGCUCCUCGUGCACGACCCGUCCAAAAGGAUGACCGCCGCCAAAGCUUUGAAACACCCCUGGCUGACGAAGGACGCGCCGACGAAGCCGCUCUGUACCCAUGUGGAUAUGGCGAAGAGACUGGGCAAGUUCGUCGGCGCCACUAAAUUAAGAAAGGUCGCCCUGAACGUCCUCGCGCACCAUUUGACGGAGAAGGAGGCGGCGGAACUGUCACUGGUCUGGAAGGACCUCGCGAAGACGAAGAACGGCGCUUUGACGUUAAAUGACAUGAAAAAAACGUUAAGGACGCACCACGGCGGCACGGAGCUGGAAUUGGAUGAAUUAGUCAGAAGCCUGGACGUGAACGGCGACCAGCUCAUCGACUACUACGAGUUCAGCGCGGCGAUGCUCGCGCGGAACCGGACGAUCCGCGACGAUCGGUUGGUCGAGGUUUUUAGGGCGAUGGACCGCGACGGCACGGGCGACGUCAGUUUACAGAAUCUCGAGGAGAUCAUGGGGUCGCGGGCGCACGCCGAGGAGGUCUUGGGUGAGCUCGCGGGCAACGGCGAGUUCCGGCGGUCGGGCAAGCUCACGCUCGCGGCGCUCCGGGAGCAGCUCGCGCGGGCGGGGCCGGGGCGCCUGCCGCCGUCCCUGUCGCUCGAGGACGCAUAAUUCGUUAACUCUAGGA